GCUCUGGCGGGCGGUGCGGGCAGUGCCCCGUGCCCGCCUUUCCCUCCCAGUGUCGCUGUCCCCGCCGUGUCCCCCUUUCCAUUCCCUGACCGCCUUUCGCAGCGUGCCCGCCGUUCCCUACUGGGGCCGCUAUCGCCACCGUGGCCGCCGUUCUCUCCCCUGGCCCCCUUUCCCACCGUGUUCGCCUUUCCCUCCUGGUGCCGCUAUCCUCCCCUGCCCCCCUUUGCCAUUUCUGCCGCUUUCUCCGCCGUGCCCGCUUUUCCCCCCGGUGCUGCCAUGGCGUGCCCACCCUGCGGGUCCCUGCUCGACUACAAGACCGCCAAGUUCUCGGUGACGCGGAACCGGCGGGUGGGGCUGCUGCACCGGCUGCUGCAGCUGAGCACGCUUGGCUACCUGCUGGGGUGGGUGCUGCUGCUGCAGAAGGGGUACCAGGAGCGCGACGCGGCCCCGCAUGUCGCCGUGGUCACCAAGGUGAAGGGGGCGGCGGCCGCCGAGGCCGCGGGCCGGCGGCUCUGGGACGCUGCGGAUCUCACCUGGCCCCCGCAGGGAGAAAAUGUGCUUUUCCUGGUGACCCAUUUCACUGCCACAAUCCAGCAAGCCCAAGGCACCUGCCCCGAGAGCCCCUCUGUCCUCGACGGGAUGUGCACAGAAGAUGCAGAUUGUCCCAUGGGAAACCCUGUGGUUCAUGGCAACGGGAUAAAAACUGGGAAAUGUUUGAUGUUCAAUGCCACACAUUCCACCUGUGAAAUCUAUGGCUGGUGCCCUGUGGAGAAUGACACCCUGGCCAGGAAACCUCUUCUGGCCGAGGCAGAGCAUUUCACUAUUUUUAUAAAAAAUACUGUCCACUUCACCAAAUUUAACUUCUCCAGGUGCAACACUUUACAAACCACUGACCCCAGCUAUUUCAAGAGCUGCACAUAUGAUCCAGUCUUCAACCCCUCCUGCCCUGUGUUCCGUGUCCGUGACAUGGUGGAAGCAGCAGGAAAGAGUUUUGGAGACCUCGCACUCCUGGGGGGAAGCAUCAGAAUUCUUAUCGAGUGGAACUGCGACCUGGACCACCCUGCUACCCAGUGCCAGCCACAGUAUUCCUUCAGGCUGCAGGACACAAUGUACAAUUUCAGAACUGCCUCCUACUAUUGGGGCUCGCAGCGGCAGCUCUACCGGAACCUGCUGAAGCUCUAUGGGAUCCACUUUGACAUCUCUGUGCACGGCCAGGUGAUAUUGUCAGCCCUGGCUGAAACAACUCCUCUGUAAAAAGCAGGGGAUGGGACUUGUUACCCCCACUGCAGCUAUAGACUGGGGCAGAAGGUCCUUCCUCAGCCCCUGAAUGGACUUCAGCACUGUGAACAUGGGGGUGAUGCCCAUUUUAUGCAGCUCGUGCCCACUGCCGGAUGAGGCCCCAUCAGAGGCAAAGGAGGUCAAAAAGAAUCUUCCUGAAAAACAAAGCACUCUGCCAGUAAGUCCCCAAUGUAGCAAAGUUGUGCUGGGGGAGCUGCCAGUCUCACCCAGCAUGGAGAAUAUGACAGAGAGCUUGGGGAAAACACACAGUUCCAGGGAAUGCCACCCUGUGGUAUCCCAGAGUCCCCUGGCACUCCAGCUGGGUCCCCUGGGGAGCUGCCAAAGCUAAGUCCAACUAUCCCACCAGCAGGACACUGGACACAAAGCCAGAUCUUUGUGGGUAGUGGGCCAAGGUGAGGCAGCACCUGGGCAGCUGCCUCCACCUGGGCAGUGCCCACAGCCCUAGGCCACUCUAGAAGAGCCCUGCCUGGGGCACCAGGAUCUGAGCAGCCCCAGCCACUCCUGCCCUCAGAGGAGGACCUGGGGACAGGAACAUUGACAUUUGUCUUUUGGAACCAAAGAUGAGAUUGGCAAGUUCCCAUCGCUUUGUGGAUCCAGCAGACCCGCAAUGGUCCCUGUUCAUCACAGUGCGCUGGAGUGCGCACAUCCUGCUACCAUCCCUCCUGGUCAUUCCAUCUGGGAAAAACUUUGCAGUGAAAGCAGGAGAGACCAACCAGAGAUGUGAUAGACACUGUGCAUUUCUACCCAGCUGAGAUUUGAAAGACUGGAAAUCUGGGUGAGCUGGACAGAGGUGGGAAGUCUCCAGAGAAGAGAUAUCUGAACAACUCGGCCAACAUGCAGAGGUGACCCAAGGUCUUGGAAGGAAUCAGAAAUGACCCAGACCCCAAGAAUAGUAUUGCUUUAAUUCAGAGGGGGUGAAUCAAAUUAAAAAUAUAAAUCCUCUUGUUUGGAACUCAGGGUAAAACACUGAUUGCUGGAGAAGGACUCACCCCCAGAAAAAAGCACUGGAGUCUCUCCAAGGGGGACCCUCAACCCCCACUCUGCUGGGCUGAUGGACACCGGGCUGUGGCUGGCCAGGUCCACUCCUGAGCUGGAGACAUGGCUCAUCUUCAGCAUGGGGCAGGAAACAGGACAGCAGAGCACUGGCAUGGUGGGUUGGGAAAUGCAGCCUUGUCACUAUGCUGGACAAGUGCCAGAGAAUGGACAGUCAGAAAUGCUCCCCCACCUACUUUUCCUUGAAUAACACCCUAGCAACAGCACUGAUCCCAUGAUAGCAUUAAGGAGAGAUAUCCCAAGUCUGGCUGGAAGGGUGGCCACCCAACCCAGGGCUGCAGCUGAGCCAUCACAGCUCUAAGGUACCUUUACUAAGCACUCCAGGAACAGGCCAAAAGCUACCAGUGCCCUAGCCAAAACUGAGCCCUGGGAAACAGGGAACACACCCCAGCCCCUGGACUGCUCCAGGACAGGAGAUGCUGGGAUGGGGAUUGAUGAGCUCCAGAGCUCUCAGCAUGGACAGGGACCCACCUCUGCUGGUAGGGCUGCACAGGACCAGCCUGCACAACACAAGCACCAGCUGCACAGAGAUCACCCAGUGUAACCCCAUCUCCUGGCCCACCCAGAUGCCCUCUGGGGUGGGUGGGCACAGAGAGAGCUGUGGCAAAUGCUGCAGCCAUGCAGGAAGGGAGCAGAUGUCAGGCUCCACAGGGAUGCACAUUGGAGCUCUGCAGGAA